AUGCUCCGCCGUCAAGCGCGCGAACGUCGUCAGUAUAUCUAUGCCAAAUCCUUGGAAUCUCAGGAGCGGCAAACGUAUGAGCGGAAACGUCAGCUGAAGGAUGCACUGGCUAGUGGAAAGAACCUACCCACGGAGCUGCGGAAGCAGGCGAAGGAGCUUGGGAAGGACUUGGUUUUUGACGAGGCUCAGACUGAGCCAACAUCCCACAUUGAUAACGAAUAUUCAACAGCUGGAAUCCAAGAUCCAAAGAUUGUGGUCACAACUUCUCGAGAUCCCAGCUCUAAGCUGCUGCAAUUCGCCAAGGAAAUGCGCCUUGUGUUUCCGAAUUCACAUAGAAUAAAUCGCGGAAACUAUGUGGUGAAGGAGUUAGCGGAGGCGUGCAGAGCAAACGAGAUCUCAGACUUGAUUAUUUUGCACGAGCACCGAGGCACUCCAGAUGCUAUGAUUGUCUCACAUUUCCCUCACGGCCCUACCGUCUUCUUCACUCUCCAUAAUGUCCAGCUCCGUCACGAUAUAGCCUCGUAUAAGGAAUCCACUGUCUCAGAGCAGUACCCGCAUCUCAUCUUCGAGAACUUCACGUCGAGGCUGGGACUGCGUAUCCAGGAUGCUUUGAAGUAUCUAUUCCCCGUCCCAAAAGAAGAUAGCAAACGAGUCAUGACCUUUGCAAACGGAAACGAUUUCAUCUCCUUCCGGCACCAUGUCUUCGUUAAGAUCCCGGGAGGUGUACAGUUAGCAGAGGUCGGCCCACGCUUUGAGAUGAAACCGUAUGAGAUCCGGCUGGGCACGAUCGAACAGACGGAGGCAGAACGAGAGUGGGUUCUAGCACACUAUGCUCGGACAGCAAAGAAGCGCACUCUUCUGUCUGGGCCAGGUCGACCCGCAGAAUCGGAGGAACAGGCAUUGAAACGGGCCAAGCGCUGA